AUUACACCAAAAAAAUAGAAUUACACCAGUUUAUAUUAAUUACUAAAAUUUUAGGUUGGAUUUACAAAAAAUAUAACUAGCGAAAGAUAAGUGUAGUUUGAAUGGUUGCUUCAUUGAUGUUUGUUGUCAUCCGUUAAAAUAAAUAUAAAAUACGAAAAUUUUCACUAUUUGUCUCAUAAUAAACAAGAAUAAUUUCAUCCAAACAUAUAGUAUAAAAAAAAAAUAUUUUUCUUUAACUUACAAAUAAAAAUAUUUUACUAUUUUAGAUAAAAUAAAUAAAAAAGCUAUAGAAUUAUUAAUAAGUAAAUUUCAUUAUUAAUGUAUGUAAAAAAACACGAAAAUGUCAGAAUAUGAUAAAGUGAGAUCUGGAAAACUUAUUUUGAAAGGCGAAAAAAAAAAGUAGUUGGUGGAAAGCUACACAAGUAUCAGAAGUCACAGGAACUGUAGCAAUUGAAUUUGGAAAUCAUGUCUAUAUGAAAGCAUUAGAUAAUGGAUUAUUUACCUUAGGUGUUCCUCAUAAUGAAGGGGAAGGACCUUCACCAGAAGAAAUUCUAACAGCUUUCCCAAUAAGUGAAACUAAAAUUGCAUUGAAAUCUGGUUAUGGAAAAUACUUAGGUGUUGAUAAAAAAGGUGUUGUUGUUGGAAGAAGUGAUGCAGUAGGCAUGAUUGAACAGUGGGAACCAAUAUUUCAGGAUAACAAGCUUGCCAUUUUAAAUAGCAAUGAUUGUUUCAUAUCAGUCACCGAUGAAGAUGAUAUUAUCUGUCAAAAAAGGACUGCUGGCUCUUCUGAAUUUUGUACUAUAAGAAGUAUAACCCAAAAAGCUCAAGAUCCAAACAAAGACAUUCCCAAAGAAGAACAAGGUUCUCUUCAUGAUGUUGAAGUGAAUUAUGUGAGAAAGUUUCAGAAAUUCCAGGACAAAAAACUAAGAAUAAGUAAGGAGGAUAGUUCUAAAUUAGAAAAAGCAAAAAAAGAAGGAACUCUGCAUGAAGCUUUAUUAGAUAGAAGAAGUAAAAUGAAGGCAGAUCGUUAUUGUAAAUAAUUUUAUACAAAUUACAUUGUGUAUUGUAAUUAUUGCAUUGUAUGUAUAAUUAUAUAAUUACUGACUUUUAAAAUGUAUAAAUAUUUAAUAAAAAUAUGAAAAAAAACAUAUAAAGGAUAUUGUAUACAUUCAUUGUAUUAAAUAAUUUGAUAAUUUAAUUAAAUAAGUUAUUUCAUUGUCUUAAAUUAAAAUUUUUAUUUUAUUCAUUUGUUUAUAAUUUUCAUUUGUAAUUACUUUGCUUUUAAAUUUAUCAUUAAUUUCUAACUUUAUUUGAAAAUAUUAUACCAUGCUAUACAAACAAACAUUGACAGGACAAAUGAAAUUGUCAUUUAAUAUAUUGAAAUUUUAUAAUUUAGUAAUUAAUUUUUAA